AUGGGUAGCAACAUGCCAUCCUCUUCACUCCACCCGAGUUCACCUACUAAGCAGGCAACACAUCACAGCCUGAUGGACAUGGUGUUGGGCGGCGAGAAGCCAUCCUCUUUACUCCGCUGGGGCUCGCCUACUAAACAUACACCUCACAACCCGACUGAUAUGGCGAUAGGUGGUGAGAAGACUGAAAUGGAAACUAAGCUGGAAAGAGAUGGGAACACCAACGCUCUCCAGCGAUAUCGAUACCUGACUUGGCGCAAGAACGCCAUACAUCCUGAAGUUUCGUACGAACUUCUUGACACAGAGGAAAGCCUCCCAGAAGUCGUUCAAGAAGAGAUAUCUAUCAAAGAAGGAAAUGCUACGCCGGGAGUCAAUGCCCAAGAGAGACUCCGUAUCUUGAAUACGAAAUACUGGCUCCUGUCUCAGAGGUGGUGGUACUGUCGUCCUGACCUGGAAGAUAUUCAAUUGAGGGCCUUGAAACUUUGGCGAUCACACCCGCAGUGGUAUAUGCAUCGUACACUCGUCGAGGAAUGCGCCGAUCGACAAGGAUGCUGCGCUCGUGGACGUGGCUGCUGUCUUAACCGCAAAAUGCUUCCGUCACGGAGUCUUGGUGUUGGACAUUGCACGCUUGAAUGUGCAUGUUGUCGGAGAGCGAGAGGCUUUGAAGUUUCUCCCACCGAUAAGAAACUAUUGAAGGAACAGUUCAAGAACACCGUCCAGGAACGGGGCUACCGCAUAACCAGAUACCGACAAGUUUGGAUUUGGGGCCUUGUCGCCGAUAGCUGGGAGGACCCAUUUGACAUGAUUGAUGCACCGCCGAGCUACGAUCAGAUUGAAAAGAAAGGCGUGAAGGGACUGCUUGACUGGGUUCAAGCCAAGGUCUGA